AUCGUCUCUUUCUGCAGCAUCACGUCUGCCCAUUGUCUGAUCUCGUUCUGAAGUCUCGCGAAGGUCGCACGAGAAACAGAAGCUGCGUUUCAGGCAAUCGCCAUUUUGGAUCUAUCACCGCGUUGUUGCUAAAAUGCAAGCAGUCUUAUUUUGAGCCAACAUGACGUCAGUUUCUCCAUAGUCCUGUAUGAGUUUCAUCUUCCCUCCCAUCCCGUCUCCUAACGAUGGCGUCCGGCGGUGCAGAUAGCAGGGUCUCCUGCGGGAGAGAUUUGAGUUGUGUUCCCGAAGUGGCGGAUACCCUCGCUGCGGUCGCCAAAUUAGGCUUUGAUUUCCUGUGCAUGCCGCUGUUCCACCCGCGGUUCCGACGGGAGUAUGAACUGGACCCUGCUAAGUCACGACCCGGAGCCCAAACACGCUCUGACCUGCUGUUAUGUGGCAGAGAUUGGAACACACUUAUCGUGGGAAAGCUGUCACCCUGGAUUGAGACAGACUCAGAGCUGACCACAGAACGCAGGAAUUCAGAAGAAGCGCUGGUACAGGAGCUCAAUUUCUGUGCUUAUCUGGGGCUGCCAGCUUUCAUGAUCCCCCUAAGGGGUCCGCACUGUGCCAACCUGGCUCGAAUCCUGCUUAACCACAUCCACACAGGACACCACUCUUGCAUGUUUUGGAUACGCGUUCCACUGUUAGCUCCCGAGGACACGCGUGAAGAUCUCAUCGAGAACGAGUCAUCUAAACAAAUGGAUGAUGGCAGCAAUGAUGAGAAGACCUGGGCAUGGUGGCACUCAUUCAGAACACUCUGUGACUAUAACAAGAGGAUUUGCCUUGCUAUUGAAAUCGGAGAAGACCUGCCAUCUGACACGUUAAUCGACAAGUGGCUUGGAGAACCAAUCAAAGCAGCCAUUCUCCCCACCAGCAUUUUUCUAACCAAUAAAAAAGGGUUUCCGGUCCUUUCAAAAGCCCACCAGCGAGUCAUCUUUCACCUCUUCAAGCUGGAGGCUCAGUUUAUUUUCACAGGGGCAAACCGCCACAGUGAGAAAGACUUGCGCUCGUACCUGCAGUAUCUGGAGUACCUCAACCAAAACCGUCCAGCACCUAAUGCCUAUGAGCUCUUCGCCAAAGGCUAUGAAGAUUACCUUCAGUCACCACUGCAGCCUUUAAUGGACAAUUUGGAAUCACAGACGUAUGAAGUUUUCGAAAAGGAUCCCAUCAAAUAUUCUCAGUACCAACAGGCUGUAUAUAGAUGUCUACUAGACAGAGUUCCUGAAGAACAGAUGGAAACCACUGUGCAGGUUUUGAUGGUACUAGGUGCAGGGCGUGGUCCACUGGUAAAUGCCUCACUUCGUGCUGCAAAACAGGCUAAGAGGAAACUGCGUGUGUAUGCCGUCGAGAAGAACACAAAUGCUGUUGUCACGCUGGAGAACUGGAAAUUUGAGGAGUGGGGUGAUCAGGUGACUGUUGUAUCAUGUGACAUGAGGGAAUGGACUGCUCCAGAGAAAGCAGAUAUCAUUGUGAGCGAGCUUUUAGGGUCAUUCGGAGACAAUGAGCUUUCACCCGAGUGCCUUGAUGGAGCGCAGCACUUCCUCAAAGAUGAUGGCAUAAGCAUUCCCUGCUCUUACACGUCUUUCCUGGCUCCACUGUCCUCCUCUAAACUAUAUAAUGAAGUGCGUGGGUGUCGAGAGCGAGACAAAGACCCCGAGUGCCAUUUUGAGACACCAUAUGUUGUCAGACUACACAACUUCCACCAACUUGCAGACCCCAAACCCUGCUUCACCUUCGUACAUCCCACCACAGAUAUGAAUAAUAACCGGUAUCAAUGUCUACGGUUCUUCAUUGGAUGUAAUUCAGUGCUUCACGGCUUUGCUGGAUAUUUUGAGGCCACACUCUACAAAGAUGUCACGCUCAGUAUAAAACCUGAAACACACUCUCCUGGGAUGUUCUCCUGGUUCCCCAUUCUAUUCCCUUUGAAACAGCCGAUCCCGCUGUCCUGUGGCGAUAACGUGAGCGUGAGGUUCUGGAGGUGUAACAAUGGAAAGAAGGUCUGGUAUGAAUGGGCUGUGACUGAGCCUAUAUGCUCCGCCAUUCACAACCCUUCUGGGCGCUCUUACACCAUCGGCCUGUAGCAAGCUGACAUCUACUGAGACAUGGGGUUACACUGACUUUUGUUUUGUUGUUGUUGUUGUUU